UGCCUGUCUCUCUCUCUCCUCAACGCCGCAGAACUCCGCCGACCGACUGUCAGGUGACCGCGCGGAGCGGAAUAUUCAUCAGCACCGUCGUCGUCUUUCAUCCCUUCACUCCUUCGGACUCCAGGCAACCGGAGCUGCCGCAGCCCGGGCUCUGUCUCUCUCUCUCCCCCCCCCCCCCCUCCCCCGCCGUGUCCUCUCAUCUGGCUCGGGACAUUCUACCGCUCCACGCACACGCAGAUUAACGGGGAUUCUGCCUCCCCGCCCGCGAGCUGAUGCUGAUGUCCUUGAACUCGGCCUGCACGGUCCUGGUGGUGCAGCAGUAGCUACCUCUCAACUGGAUCCACUUACUGUCUCUGAUUUAUCAGCGGCCUUUGCCUCGCUCACCCCUCUCUCCAUCCGUCCAUCAACCCCCCAACCCCCACCCCUGUCUGUAAGUCCGUCAGCCCGUCCGUCUGUCCAUGGACUGGCCGUGACCCUGGAGGGAGGGGGACUGAAACGAAGAAAGAGUGGAGUCGCAGAGGAGACAUAGGAAAAGAAAGCUGGAUUCAUUCAGACAUCACGCUUCUGAGGUGCCCCUGCUCGCGGCCCUUCAUCCCCCUCAGCCUCCUCCUCCUGUUAUGGAGAAUUAAAGGAGCAGUGGGAGGCUAGGCCAAGAUAGCAAGGAGUCAAAAAUAAAAAAAACACUGCUACUUCAUUGUCGUUAAAUAAAUUUAGAGAAGGGUUUGGGCGUAUCGUUGUGACUACACAUUUUAAAGUAGGUUACUGAGGCAGAACCAAGAUUCUGACUGUUGAGCACAUGAACACCCCUCCACCAACCAAACGAAAGUGGAACUGAGUUGAGGACAGACUACGGAGAGAAAAAGGAGGACCAAAACAGAAGAAACCCUUACUGACAUGUCCACAACGGCCACGAUGGGUGAAAUGGCAAACAGCGCAGUGGAGUUUUAUCCCAAAGGGACUCGGGGCGGCGGAGGAGGAGGAAGGGCAGAUGGCAGCAAUGCCGGGGGAGACUUUGGGGUCACGGUGGAGGAGCUCAGGGAGCUGAUGGAGCUCAGAGGGACCGAUGCCCUGCAGAAGGUCCAGGAAAACUACGGAGACACAGAGGGGCUCUGCCAGAGACUACUGUCCAACACCACUGAAGGUCUCAGUGGGGACCCGGCAGACCUGGAGCGUCGGUGCCAAACGUUCGGCCAAAACUUCAUCCCACCGAAGAAAGCCAAGACGUUCCUGGAGCUCGUGUGGGAGGCCUUACAGGACGUCACGCUCAUCAUCUUGGAGGCCGCCGCCAUCAUCUCCCUCGGCCUCUCUUUCUACCAGCCACCCGGGAAGGAAAGCGAAUCAUGUGGGAAUGUUUCAGGGGGUGCAGAGGAUGAGGGCGAAGCUGACACUGGCUGGAUAGAGGGUGCAGCCAUCCUGCUGUCCGUUGUGUGCGUCGUCCUGGUGACGGCGUUCAAUGACUGGUCCAAAGAAAAGCAGUUCCGAGGCCUACAGAGUCGAAUUGAGCAAGAGCAGAGGUUCACCGUGGUGCGGAAAGGAAAUGUCAUCCAGAUCCCUGUGGCUGACAUGGUGGUGGGGGACAUGGCCCAGGUCAAAUAUGGGGACCUGCUACCAGCUGAUGGUAUCCUGAUUCAAAGCAACGAUCUGAAGAUAGACGAGAGCUCGCUCACAGGAGAGUCCGACCACGUAGGCAAGUCUGUGGAAAAGGACCCAAUGCUGCUCUCAGGUACCCAUGUGAUGGAGGGCUCGGGCAGGAUGCUGGUGACAGCUGUCGGUGUUAACUCGCAGACAGGCAUCAUCUUCACCCUUCUGGGUGCUGGAGAGAUGGAGGAAGAUGCGAAGGAGAAGAAAGGAAAACAACCUGAUGGAGCUGUGGAGAACAAUCAGAACAAAGCCAAGAAGCAGGACGGGGGUGUUGCCAUGGAGAUGCAACCCCUGAAGAGUGCAGAGGGAGGGGAGGUAGAGGACAGAGAGAAGAAGAAGACCAGUGUUCCAAAGAAGGAGAAGAGUGUGUUGCAGGGCAAGCUCACUAAACUGGCUGUUCAAAUUGGGAAAGCAGGUUUGGUGAUGUCAGCCAUCACCGUCAUUAUUCUGGUGCUCUACUUUGUCAUCAACACAUUUGUCGUUGAAGGACAAUUUUGGUUGACAGAGUGUACUCCAGUCUACAUCCAGUACUUUGUCAAGUUCUUCAUCAUUGGAGUCACUGUGCUGGUGGUGGCUGUCCCAGAGGGCUUACCUCUCGCUGUCACCAUUUCUCUGGCGUACUCUGUCAAGAAAAUGAUGAAGGACAACAACCUUGUACGCCACUUGGAUGCGUGCGAGACCAUGGGCAACGCCACAGCCAUCUGCUCCGACAAGACUGGCACCCUCACCACCAAUCGCAUGACUGUGGUUCAGAGUUACUUAGGUGAUGUGCAACACCGUGUGGUCCCGGACCCUGGACAGAUCAACCCCAAGACACUGGACAUAUUAGUCAAUGCUAUCGCUAUCAACAGCGCCUACACCUCCAAGAUCUUGCCACCUGAUGUGGAGGGGGGUCUGGCCAAGCAGGUGGGCAACAAGACGGAGUGUGGCCUUCUGGGAUUUGUACUAGACCUUCAGCGGGACUACACCACUGUCAGAGAUCAGAUCCCUGAGGAAAGACUGUACAAGGUGUAUACAUUCAACUCGGCCCGUAAAUCCAUGAGUACAGUGAUCAAGCUGCCAGACGGUUCCUUCCGCCUCUACAGCAAAGGAGCGUCUGAGAUCCUGUUAAAGAAGUGUUCCUACAUCUUAGAUCCCAAUGGAGAAGCGCGCGGUUUCCGACCACGUGACAGGGAUGAGAUGGUCAAACAGGUGAUUGAGCCAAUGGCAUGUGAGGGGUUGAGGACCAUCUGCAUUGCGUACCGGGACCUGCCGUCUAAUCCGGAGCCAGACUGGGAAAAUGAGGAAGAAAUCGUAACAGAGUUGACCUGCAUCACGGUGGUGGGGAUAGAGGACCCUGUGCGGCCUGAGGUGCCUGAUGCCAUUCGUAAGUGUCAGCGUGCGGGCAUCACGGUGCGAAUGGUGACUGGUGAUAACAUUAACACAGCCCGGGCCAUUGCUGCUAAAUGUGGCAUCAUCCACCCUGGAGAUGACUUUAUCUGCAUAGACGGCAAAGAAUUCAACCGACGAAUCAGGAACGAGAAGGGAGAGAUUGAACAGGAGCGCAUUGACAAAAUCUGGCCCAAACUCCGCGUGUUGGCGCGAUCCUCGCCGACGGACAAACACACACUGGUUAAAGGCAUCAUUGACAGCACCGUCCUAGAACAGAGGCAGGUUGUCGCAGUAACAGGAGAUGGAACUAAUGACGGACCUGCUUUGAAGAAGGCUGAUGUUGGCUUUGCCAUGGGUAUCGCGGGGACAGACGUCGCGAAAGAGGCGUCUGACAUCAUCCUGACGGAUGACAACUUCAGCAGCAUUGUCAAGGCGGUGAUGUGGGGACGAAACGUCUACGAUAGCAUUUCCAAGUUCCUGCAGUUCCAGCUCACGGUCAACGUAGUGGCUGUCAUAGUGGCCUUCACUGGGGCCUGCAUCACUCAGGACUCUCCUCUGAAGGCAGUGCAGAUGCUGUGGGUGAAUCUGAUCAUGGACACGUUUGCUUCCCUGGCCCUGGCCACCGAGCCCCCCACCGAGGCCCUGUUGCUACGGAAACCCUACGGCCGGAACAACCCGCUCAUUUCACUGACCAUGAUGAAGAACAUCCUGGGCCAUGGAGUGUACCAGCUGGUCAUCAUCUUUACCCUGCUGUUCAUAGGCGAGCGCAUCUUUAACAUCGACAGUGGCCGCAACGCUCCGCUCCACUCCCCUCCCUCUGAGCACUACACCAUCAUCUUCAACACCUUUGUCCUCAUGCAGCUGUUCAACGAGAUCAACGCUCGCAAGAUCCACGGAGAGAGAAACGUCUUUGACGGCAUAUUUGCCAACCCCAUCUUCUGCUCCAUUGUCCUGGGGACAUUUGCUGUGCAGAUCGUGAUCGUUCAGUGGGGAGGGAAGCCCUUCAGCUGCGCCCCUCUCAAUGUUGAGCAGUGGCUCUGGUGUCUUUUUGUGGGAGUUGGAGAGCUGCUCUGGGGGCAGGUGAUCGCCACAGUACCGACAGAGCGGCUUCCAUGUCUGAAGGAGGCAGGGCUGGGCCUGGAGCCAGGGGAGGAGGAAGGGGAGGAGAUGGCAGAGGACGAAGAGGAGAUCGAUUGUGCCGAGAGGGAGCUGCGCCGCGGACAGAUCCUUUGGUUCCGAGGCCUCAACCGCAUCCAGACCCAGAUGGAGGUAGUCAGCACGUUCAAGCGAAGUGGUUCGUUUCAGGGAGCGGUGAGACGGCGCUCCUCUGUGCUCAGUCAGCUCCACGACAUGCGAGUGGUGAAAGCAUUCCGUAGUUCGCUGUACGAGGGCCGGGAGAAACCGGAAUCCCGCAACUCCAUCCACAACUUCAUGGCCCACCCGGAGUUCCUCAUCAACGACCUCAUCCAUAACAUUCCGCUGAUCGACGACACUGACGUCGACGACGAAUCAGAGCUAAGCAGAUACCAGCACCUGCACCCGGCCCUCCGCAAGCCGCCACCACCUCCCACCCAGCCCCAGCCCCCGGCCCGCACACGACCCACCCGCCCCUAUCGCCAGUAUAGCCUCCCGGUGACCCCGUGCAACCGAAACAACAAUAACAACAGCAGCAGCAUCAGUUCAACGGUCACCCACGGCAACAACAACAGCACCAAUGCAGUUUCUCCCAGCAACCGGAGCCCCCAUCACCACUACCACUGCCAUCGCAACCAUUAUGGCAGAGACAGGCCAAUGACACCCUCCGCCCCUCACCUGGCCCAUCUCUUCUGCGUGGAGACAUCCUUAUAACUGAGCUGAAAAUGGGUCUUGGGGUGGGGAGAAGGGAAACGGAUUCUUGGGUAGGGGGAGGAAAGGGGAGUGGAAAAGAGGGCUGAGGACACAUGACAUUUUCAUCCGAUCUCCCUUACAACAAGCUAAAAGGUGAAGGACGAGGGAGGCACAGAGGGAGUGGACAAUGGCCGGAGACUUCUGCUCGCAACUCCCUGAGAACAUUGCGACUUUCCCUCCCCUCGCGCUCGAUCCGGCCCCCUCAGUCUGACUCCCUGAUGCAACAGCCGCCCGCCCCCCUCUCCACCCUUGCACCCACCGUCCCCGUCCGCCACCCUCCCCAAAGAACCCGCCCACCUCCCCAUGCCUGACCACACGCACACUCGUCACACAUACGCACAGGUCUGCUCUUGCUGCAUUGAGCGACGGUGGGUUGGGGAGGGACGGGGGACGGACAUCCAAAAAACACGACAUCCCUCAUUGCUUCAGCAGAAAAGGGCCAUGUGGCAAUGGGGGCUGAAUCACUAGGUUUAUAUUGGUGGUCAUCAUUAGUGUUGUCAUCAUUGCCCACCUACCUUCCCACCUGCCAUGGCACCAUUGUCACCACUGCCAUAAUUUAUGUACGGCCUCUUUCAAAUCACUACAUUUCUUGCGAUAUAAGUAAAAGGAUUUAUUAGAGCUUUAACUAGACUUCAGUCAUUUUCAUCUCCGAUUCACUUGUUUCUCAGCAUAAUGGUGCUCAUUUCUUUUAUUUUACAUUGAUCUUUUUUAUUUAUUGACUUUCUCCAUCUCUAAAGGUUUAACAUUGGGCUUUUUAAAAAUCUUCUUUUAUUUCAUUCCUCUCUCUUUCACUGUGUAUGUUUAUUGUCUUGUCUCUUCUGAAAAAAGGCGAUCACAAAACAAAGAUCCUGUUCAUUUAAACCUAAUAGUCAAUAGAAUGGCUGCAAAAAGGAGGGGGUAUAUAUAUAUAUAUAUAUAUAUAUAUUCACACACAAAUAUAUAUGUUAUUUGAAUGUGUGGGAAGUGACAACACAGAACUCUUCAUGUUCACCACUGCUCCCUGAAUGCCACCCCGAGUCCACUGUAACACUGUCCAUAUGAUACACUUUUUGCGACCUCACCUUUGAUUUUGGUGUAUACAUACAGUAGCCCCAUACAGCACUGACAUACUCUACAGCCUCCUACCAUGUCGAUGGACUGAUGCGUAAGUAUGGGUAACAACUCCGGACAUCAUCUGGGGCGAGCCCAUGGGUGACGUCCUUUUCUCUCUUGCUGUUCCUCAGUGCGUGUUUUUGUUUCCUAUGCUGACUCAGUCUUGUCUGGUCUUUCGUCGCUGGGUGUGGGUGUCUUUCAGCUUUUCUUGGAAAAGAAAGCUAAAUGCUUGUGAAGCAUUAACCCUUUAAAAGCCAUCACACACAAUGCACAGGCGAUGGCCCUUUAAGACUAACAUGCACUCACUUCGAACCUGCUCCCGCUCAUGUGCCAUUGUGUCGUCUUCAUCAUGCACCAUUGUCCUCUCCAUGAGUAUUGUGGACAAAGAGAUUGUUUCAUUUGUCUUUUCACUGACCGGGGGUGUCACUGUUUGAUGCUGAAAAGCAAACAUCCACUCAAGUGAUCAGGCCCAUGUCUAAUGUCAGUGUUCAGUUUUAGCUUUAGGCCCAAAGCCCACUCAGCUCUAUCAGGUACGACCAAUGAGAGCUUAGGUGUCAUGACUGUGCGUCCCGUACAGCCAUCAUCAUGAUGCACAAUAACUUGGUUAAAGCAGUUCAACAUUUUGGAAAAUAUGCUUAUUUCCUUUUUUGCUGAGAGUCAGAAAAAGAUGGACACCGUGAGGUUAUCUUGAAUGAGCUUACAGGUUGAAACAGCCAGUCUGGCUCUUUCUUUUUUUUUUAGGGGGGAUUUUCUUGUCAUUAUGCACCGACAAAAUAAAAGUGGGAUCGUUGUGCUGCUGUAGCCUCAGUCAGACCUGCAGCGAACUUCAUCACUACUGCCAACUACAGGGGCUAGGACAUACAUCUUACAAUGAAAACUUCUGUGAAUUUAUUUAUUUAUUUAUUUAUUUAUUUAUUUAUUUAUUUAUUUAUUUAUUUAUUUAUUUAUUUAUUUAUUUAUUACAUUUUUAAUUACAGAUGAUUUCAUUCUUAUGACAAAGUUGAAGUGUUGAUGGUCAUACUUUGGGACAGAGCCAGGCUGCCUUAGCAUUACACAUGUGGGUAUCUUUUCAUCAAACUCUUGGCAAGAAAAAAAAGUGUAUUUCCCAUUUUGUGUUCAAGCAGUCUAGUGUAAAAUGUCAAUAACACACUGCAUGAGCAUACCCCAACCAAAAUUUAAAAAAAAAAAAAGAAGAAGAAGAAAAUCACACAACGUACUCCGAUAGCCACCCAUUUGACGACACUGGUGCAGCACACAGCCGUCAUCCGCUGAGCUCCACCUCAACAUUCCAUGUGACAUACAUUCCAGACAACUGCAUCACAUUCCAGAUUGGGCGUGUGAGUGCCCACCUGUGUCCCAUGUUGCACUACGUGUGGGUGAACCGCUGACUUCAUGUUGCCUCGGAGCGUGACUGCAAUGCAAUGCAAACCUGGACACCCUUGCACCCCUUCUCCCCCACCCCUCCACUCAGCUGUCCCCUGUUUACUUCCCCCGAGUUAUCAACUGGCCCCCACCACCAGAGAAAGUUGAGGGCAGACAAUAUGCAACAGACUGCCUUAUCAACAGCUGUUCCCAGCCGUAGGAUUAGAACCGCUGUCUGACAGGGAUGGUAACACAUGCAAACACAGUGAGAGAACAUGUCUGUCCUGCUCGUUCUGUGUCAGGAUGUGCGCAGGGCUCUCUGGGAACACCCCUUCCUGUACAGAACUCUGUCUUGAAUGCUCAUCAUCAUCGUCGCCACCCUGACCUGAGCUGUCGGAGCAGGCGGGUGGCGACAUUGUAUUGGUCUGUCUGUUUUGAAGCAUGCAUUUGGUAUCAUUAAUGUCACUCUUUAUGUGUUGGUAAAUCAUUUAGGCUACUGUCACUACUGUGUGCUAUGAUCUCUCCACAUCUGCUGUCUCUCUCUCACACAAACACACACGCACACACACACACACACACACACGCAGACACACACACACACACACACACACACACACACACUCAUAUUCUGUUAAAGUCUAACUUAUUCUAUUUCAGCACCUCUUAGCACAGCUCUCUCAGUGCUUUCUGCGGGCUUACACAAACACAACGACACACACACACACACACAAACACACACACACACCAAACACCGGGGAUAUCUACAGUGGUGUAAAUUUGACUGUCCAGUUCGAGUCAUCUCUGUCCAUCUGUCCAGCCACGUUACAUCAUGAUGUUGUGAGACAGUGUCACAGAAGGCAAAACACAAUGUGAAAAAGAAUAUAUUAUAUUUAUCAAAAUUAUAAAUUGUACAACUGCACCACUAAUGUACAGAUCGCCCAAAUGUGCACAUGUGCAUCUUUGAUUUACAGGUACUAUGUUCCUGUUACACCUUUUUUAUUUUUGAUGUUUCUUUAUUUUAAUCCUAUAGUUUUUGUAAAGAGAGGAACAACAAAUGGAAGCCCUUGUAUAUGAUUAUGAUUAUUAUGAUUAUUAUUAUGAUUAUUAUUGAUUUUCUCCACCGGUGCCCCCACUGAUGGAAAAAGACAGUUGCACAUUCUCCUGAGCAUAUUCUGAGGGCUGUGUUUUCUGUCCAUGGAACAGCCCCUGAAGUGUGCAGAGGUGUGGAGAUGCUUAGAGUCUCUUAAGACCAGAGACACCACUCUGUAAAUAGAGAACAGGAGAUACAAAUGUACCUCAUUAUGAUCUAAAGGACUGGACAAAGUGGGGACCGAGGGAGGAUGCAGAACUGGAGGGUGAGGCAGAGCUAGAGACUGCAGAAGUGCAGUGCAUCCAUGCAUUGUUUAGGCUGCUCUUUUAGAUCUGCUACAAGUAUUUACUGCCAUGUUGCAAUGGGAGGUAAUGAAGGUUUUACAUUACUCAUUAUACAUAGUGUUGUAAAUAUCGUGUGUGGAAUGGUCCCCCCCUUCUUGCACAAUGCAGUGCUGUUCUGCAGACAGAAAAUGCAGCCUUAACUGUGCUGAAAUGAAAAAGACCAAAAAAAGAAAAAAAAACUCAAAACAAACAAACAAAAACAUAAAGACUAUUGAAUAUAUUAAAGAGUUACCUGCCUGUUAUUUAAGCGAAUAAAUAUCUAUAUAUGAGAAAGAACACACCUGUAUACUGUAGACUAAAUCUGUACGGAAAUCUAAGAGAAUUUAAUGGGAAUUAAGUCCAACACCUUUUGUCUGUAUGAAAGAAAAAAUACAUCAAAGUAUUCUACAAUAAUAACUUUGACAAAGUC